AUGGAAGGCAAGCCACAAGAGGCUGAAGUGGUGGGUGACAGCGCGGAGGUGACCCAGCUCAAGAGCCUCAUUCGAUCGGUGCCUGAUUUCCCCAGCCCCGGCAUCUUGUUCAGGGACAUCACGCCCCUACUUGGAGAUGCGGCUGGCCUGCGCGCGACCUUCAAGCUCAUGGCCGACCAGCUGCGUAGCGCCGGCCUCGCAGAUAAGAUCGAUCUCAUCGCUGGAAUGGAGGCGCGCGGAUUUCUGGUCGGGGUGGGCCUGGCCCUUGAGCUCAACGUGGGCUUUGUCAUGCUCCGCAAGCCCAACAAGCUGCCCGGCGACCGCCACAUCGUGUCCUACGGCAAGGAGUACGGCAAGGACGUGCUCGAGAUCCCCGUCGGCGCCGUCAAGGAGGGUCAGCGCGUAGUCGUUACCGACGACCUCAUCGCCACGGGCGGCACGGCGCUCGCGGCUUGCCAGCUGGUGGAGAAGGCCGGAGGCGUGGUGGCAGCCACCUCGUUCGUCAUCUCGCUCGACGACCUCCCGGGCAAGGCCAAGCUCGCCGCCGCCGGCUACCCCGUCGUCUCCCUCCUCAACUACGCCUAA